AUGCCCUCCUCCGAGCUGGCCCACCAACACCCCCCGCCAAAGCAGGACCCACCAAAACACCCCAGCGCUUAUCCGUACGACCAGCCCCGCCAUGUUCCCCAGCUCCUACCGCAAGCCACGCCACCAGCGUUCAUGGCGGUCGUGAAACCCGAACCCGGGCUGGAGAGACGGUCCUGGCAACGCUUCGACCCGCGAGGCUCCAUCCCCAUCCCCUCAGGACCGUUCGGCCCUCCCGGCUUCCACCCUCACAGCCACCUGAUUCCCCACCAGACCUCCAUCAUUCCCAAAGAGGAGCCCCAGGCUGUGUACGGCCACCAGGCCGCUCAGGUCACCUCCAAGCAGGAAGAGACAGGUAGAAAGGACAAGAAGCCCCCGAAGCCCGGCAAGUACAUCUGUCAGUUCUGUGGCCGCCCCUGCGCCAAGCCCAGCGUGCUCCAGAAACACAUCCGCUCCCACACGGGGGAGAGACCCUAUCCUUGCCACUCCUGCGGCUUCUCCUUCAAGACCAAGAGCAACUUGUACAAGCACAGGAAGUCCCACGCUCACAAGCUGAAGGCUGGGCUGGUGUUGGGGGGCGGCGUUGGGGAGGCGUACGUAGACGCAGGCACAGGGGCGGGCGCGGCCAGGCUGGAGCUGGAGAAGGUGAGUGGGGACGAGCCCGAGGAGCACACGGAGGGAGACGAAAGCACAGACUCGGAGGACGAACUCUCGGGGAUGUCGGGGCAUUCGGUGGACUUGACGCCACAUAAACACAAGCACAUUCCAGGCUCCGUUUCGCUCGGCUCGCAGGAGCUCAGCCCCCCGCACGGACCCCCGUUCACGUCUCAGACGGACCCCUCGUGGGAAGAGGGCUCUCGCGCCUCCGAAUCCUCCCUUGACCUUUGCGUGAGCCACAAAGCCGAAGAUUCCCACUCGAUCAAACAGAAGCUGGCGCUUCGCCUGAGCGAGCGGAGGAGGGCAUUGGCUGACGAGCAGACCCAGACCUUCCUGAGCCCCGGCAGUAAAGGCAGCACGGAGUCCGGGUAUUUCUCCCGCUCCGAGAGCGCAGAGCAGCAAAUGAGCCCCCCGCAGACCAGCGCAAAGUCUUACGCCGAGAUUAUACUGGGCAAGUAUGGUCGAUACGGUCAAAGGACUUCCAUGAUAGCGGCAACCGCGACCCAAGGUUCUCAGCACAUGCCCACGGAGGAGAAACCCAGCACAGUCUCCUUCCCCGUGCACAAAACCCAAAUGGAACAGAACGUCAUCGAACACAUCACAAAACUGAUCACAAUCAACGAGGCCGUGGUGGACACCAGACAGAUCGAUAGCGUCAAACCCCGCCGGACCUCGCUGUCCAGACGCGGCAGCCUGGAAUCUCCCAAGGCUGGCACCUCGAGGGAGGCUUUCCAGUUCGACCUCAAGUCCCUGGGUUUGCCCAGCGGCCUGGGCACGGACCCGGGCAGCAGGUUCCCCUUCGGGGACGGGGCUGCGACAUCGCGUCUCGCCCAUGGCUCCGCAGAAACCGUGCCCCUCACGAGGAGCAAUUCCAUGCCCUCAGAAGGCAGCGCCGCCCUCCCCCACGCCUUCAAGGGCAGCUAUUCAUUUGACGACCGGAUGAUGGGGGCUGAGGGUGUCUUGCGAGGUUCCGGGCACUCGCUGGCCUCCCACCACCGCAUGUUGAGGAGGCAAAAAGCCAUCGAGCUGCCCUCGGGUAUGGACUACCAGUCGGAGGAAGGUUCGGCUAAAGAGAGCCCAGCUCAGGCUCUGAUUCUGGCUCAGGCCAGCGCAACCCAGCUCGGAGAGCGAGACGCUGGACAAAGUGACCUAGUGAAGAAGACCAGGAGGGGCCCCAGGGCCAAGGGGCUGAUGUACGAGUGUGAUAUCUGCGGGGCCCGUUACCGCAAGAGGAACAACUACGAAACCCACAAGAAGUAUUACUGUUCGGAGCUGCACGGCCCCAAGGGGAGGCCGUACCUGUCUCGGGGUCCCAGGGAGACCGAGGCCGGGCCCCACCAGGCCCCCCUGCCCCCGCAGGUGAUGCACUACAAGCUGGGCAGGUCGGAGCUCACGCAAGCCAGGAAACGGAGGAAAGAGAAGAGCCUCGGGGACGACGAGGAAAUUCCGACGGACUACAGCAGCCGCUCACUCUCCUCCUACGAGGCUCCCGCGCCCUGCGCUACUGUCACAUUUAGCCAGGCUGCUCCUCCCCCGUCCCCACCCCCUCACACUCACACCGAUAUACCACCCAGCACCCAAUCGGUAAAGUCACUCGCCCCCGGCGAAUGCCGACAAGCGGCGGAAGCUUCUCUCGGUUCAGACGCGGCGAUGCGAUCGAUCCCGUCGGCCUCGGCGACCGCCGGCGAGAGCGGAGGCAAGAGAGCGACCGGGAAGGAGAUCUCCGUCAUUCAACACACCAACGCGCUGAGCCGACCCGGCUCCUUCGAGAAUCAGGAAUCGCUGGUGCAGGAGAGCGUGCCGCUGGCGGCUGAGCGUUCCGGCCAAAAGAUUCCCGAGUCGGAAGCGAGCUGGCAGCCCCCCGCCCGGCAUCACCACCACCAUCACCCCUCGCUCGUCCGGCAGCACAAGAUCCAAGUGCCCGAGAUCCUGGUGACCGAGGAGCCGGACAAACCGGAGAGAGUGCCAGAGCCCGUCGUCGCCAAGGAGCCCGAGAAGCCGAUCGAGGAAUUCCAGUGGCCGCAAAGAAGCCAAACUCUGGCCCAGUUCCCGGCCGAGAAGCUACCACCAAAGAAGAAGAGGUUGCGGCUGGCGGAGUUGAGCCAGUCCUCGGGGGACUCGAGUUUCGAGUCGUCGAUCUCGCUGACCCGCAGCCCGAGCCAAGAGAGCAGCGUGUCGCACGCCUCCAGUCGCUCUGCCUCCUUCGACAGGGAGGAGCUUGGCAAAGGCGAGGGCUUGCUCAGAGGGGAGGUGUCAUGCCAGCCGGGGGAGCUCCGUGGCAAGCCCAGCGCUGGGCUCCACACGCUGGCGGUGCCCGCCAGCCAUUACUCACACCAUAGGGAGAUGCGUCGCUGCUCGUCCGAGCAGGCCCCCGCCGCCCAGCACCCCUCGGAGGGCUCGGAACCCCGCAGCAAGUCCUUCGACUAUGGCAGCCUGUCCUCCGAACCCCCCUCCUCCUCACUCCCCAUCCCUUCCCUCUCCCCGCUGAAGGAACGUAGACGCUGCUUCCUGGUACGCCAGGCCUCGCUCAGCAGUUACACCGACCCCGAGCCGGACCCCAAACCCGUCCCUCGGCACGAACAAGCCCCUCCGCCCUCCUUGUCCGCUCAGGCCCAAACCCCUCGCUAUCUCUCCCCUCCCCCUCCUCCGCCUCCCCCACCCUCACUGCCCCAUUCCUGCCAGCCGGGCGACUCACACUCUGAGCUGCCUGAAAUCUACACCCAUUCUCAUUCCCAACUGACGCAGGUCUCAUCACAGCCGCUAUUCCCAGCCCCUCAUCAUCAAGGCUGGCCAUUGCCGGUGACGACCGAAGUCCUUUCAGCUCAGCUGGUGCCCCCACUCUCCUACCACCUCUUCCCCUCCCCACAGUUGCCUGUUCACCUCCAGGUUGCUGCUCAGCUCCUCCAACACCCGAUCGAUUUGUCGACCCCCCUCCACCCCACCCCGCUGCACCCCGCCCCCACCCUCGUUGCCACGGCCCCCUUCCCCCUGCGCCCCCACCUCGCCCUCCAGCUGCACCCCGAUCCCGGCCCUCCCUUCAGGGAGCAGAAGCGUUUGGGUCGCCCGCCUGCUCCCCCCCCUUCUUCCUCCUCUUCCCCGCCGUUCCGCUCUCAGCCCGAGCCGGCGUUGCCACUGCCGCUGAUUACCCACUUCCCUGAGGCCCUGCCUCCUCUGGCACCGGUGGUUGUACCCGUCAGGGUUCAGACCCACAUGCCCACCUACGGCACCGCCAUGUACACCACUCUCUCCCAGAUGCUGGUGACACAGAGCAUGGGCAGCCCCUCCACAGUGGUUCUAUGCAGAGUCGAGGACAGCAGAGCCAAAGGCACUGUAGUGUGUACACCAGCCGGGCAGGGACUGAGCCUCAACUUGUCCCAGAUAAUAACCAGCCACCACAGAGACGUCUUCCAAGCCCCGUACUUACGGAUCCCAUUCCCCAUGACCGAGAGAAAGGGCUACGCAACCCUGGGAUCCCCCGCGGACCGCGCUUACGCGAGCGACUGUUACCCGUCUGCCAUCGGAGGCAGCAAGAGGAUGCUUUCCCCCGCGGGCAGUUUGGAGCUCACCAUGGAGAGUCAACAACAGAAGCGAGUGAAGGAGGAAGAGAUCGAAGAGGAGCCCGAAGAGAAAUCCGAGCCGGAGGAACGUCCAACUGCAAUACCAUCCGGGCCCGCGGUGGCCGGCAGACUGCACAAGCCACUGGCCACCAGACAGUGCGUUGAGUCAAAGGCAUCACCCACCCUGACCUGCCAGGAAUGGGACUCGGGCUCGAAGCUGACGGUGCCCACCCAACAGUCAACAGGGUCGUCCGAAAAGUACCAGCUCUGGCCGGGCUCCCAGUACAGCAGCAAAGCGAGCCUGGCCACCAUGAAGAAGGAAGAGCCAGAGACCACUAGGGAACGCUCUUCUCUCCAACUGCAAGAACCUCAGCAACCGACCUCCAGCACGUCAGAGGACACCCCCAGCCCCUUUCUCCUCACAGAUGUCAGUGACGUACAGCAGGUCCUCCACUUCCCCAGCCUCCACACAACCACUAAUGUCAGUUGGUGCUAUCUAAACUACAUCAAGCCAAAUCAUGAGCAGCAAACGGACCGAAGGGCCUCGGUGUACGCCAGUUGGUGCAUCAGUCUGUACAACCCCAACCUGCCGGGCAUGUCCACCAAGCUGAGCCUGGCUCUGCUCAGGUCAAAGCAGAGGACGAGCAGGGAAAUGUACACCAUGGCAGCUGUGUCGCGGCGAGAUACUGGGAAACUGGUACCAUCGAGUACAAGAAAACCCCGAGUCAGUGAGAUUCACGCUCCCUCCCUUCACUCCGGAGAAGGUAGAAAAGACACGUGUAAAAUCGAAAAGGAGGAGGAGAGGAAAGAGAAACAUGAAGACGACACCUCUGUGCCCAAGAGGAUGGAACCAUCCAGGAUCCGGAUCUUUGAAGGCGGGUAUAAAUCCAACGAAGACUAUGUUUACGUGCGGGGACGGGGAAGGGGAAAGUAUGUGUGUGAGGAAUGUGGCAUUCGCUGCAAGAAACCCAGCAUGCUGAAGAAACACAUCCGCACUCACACUGACCUGCGUCCCUAUGUCUGCAGCUAUUGCAACUUUGCCUUCAAAACCAAAGGGAACCUGACAAAACACAUGAAGUCCAAGGCCCACAGUAAGAAAUGCCAAGAGAUGGGAGUGACGGUGGCUUUGAUGGAAGAGCUGGAGUCAGAGGAAGGAACCAGCGAGGAGAAGCUCAAGAAAGCAGAGGAAAGCGAGGGCACGGACGCGACGGAAGAACAUCAGUUUUCAGACGUGGAGGAUUCGGACGAUGACGAAGAUAACGAUGACGAGGAUGAAGAGGAAGAGGAGGAGAGCCAAGAGGAACUGUCUUCGGAGAUGAGGAGCGUCAGCCCGAAUUCACUUGGGACAAUUACCACGUUCUCUAAGGGGGAAAGCUUGGCAUUGCCGUUGGACACCAUCUCAAAGCAAGAGCCCCUCCUGACCACUCACUACUCACUGAUGAGUUACUCAAUGUCUUCAUCUCACCUUCACGCCGGGCAACUAAUGGCGUCGUCGGAGCUGGGCACGGUGCCUGUGUGUUACGCUGCCUCUUACGCUCAGCUGGAGGGAAGUUCUCCAAUGUCACCGUUGACCUCCCCUGAGCGUCUGACAUCAUCGCACAGAGAAGCCUCAGCCAGAGACGCCUCCCCCAAGCGUCAGUGGUCCCCGAAGAGAGAGGUGCCGUCAGGAAGCCGUCUAUCACCGGAGAGAGAGGAGCCCUCGCCAGGACACAGGCAGGCAUCGUCGAGUCAAUGCUUCUCACCGGGGAAGGAGUUAUCACCAGGACGGGCUCCGUCGCCACGGAGACGCCCGUCUCCCGGACGAGAGGUGUCGCCCAAGCGCUGCUCAUCGCCAAGGACAGAGACGUCACCGAGGAGGGAGGUCUCACCCGGGCGGCCUUCGUCACCGGAGAGAAAGGGGUCGCCGGGUGUCGCCGUAUCUACAAGAUACCUGUCCCUGUGGAGGGACGCUUCUCCGCGGAGACGAGCAUCACCCGUCCGGACCAGGUCCCCCAGGAAAGAGGAGUCACCGGAUGCCAGGUGCCAGUCACCGCCUCGACCGAGCGGCCAAAGCUCCUCAUUCCUCACGCAGCAGAGUGGGGCGCCCUCCGCAGCUCUGCCACCCGGGCUGCCCGGCAAAGAGCUGGAACCACCUGACCUUCAACCGAAGACCUGGAGAUUCGGACAAGGCGGCUUGUACGAGGAGGUCUGUCCACCGCCCCUAGCUUGGUGUCCUCACCCGACCAGGACUCUGCCCAGCGGGUCGGAAGGGCAGAGUGAGGCGUGGCUGGGAUUCCGCCCUCGGGCAGGGGGUGCACUGUUCAGCCACCUGCCCCUGCACUCCCAGCAACUGGUAAGAACUCCCUAUCCCAUGAUCCCGAUCGGCGGGAUACAGAUGGUUCAGGCCAGACCCGGUGGCCAUCCCCAGGCUCGGUGAGCUCCCUGCAGCCGGG